AUGGCCGAUCCAAACUCUGUGCCCUGCCUCGAAACAACCGUACUCGGGCCCUUUACUGUCCCGCGCGUAUGGACUGGUCUCUGGCAGCUCUCCUCCCCUGCCUGGGGGACCGCCCCAUCCGGAAAAAUAAAGCGCGAGAUGGCCCGCCAUGUCGCAGAGGGUUACACCGCAUUUGACAUGGUAAUGUCUUAUUACUUCUCUUCGGAUCACUAUGGGAGUGCUGAGCUCUUAUUCGGCCAAUUUCGCCAAACACUAAGUGAUCCAUCGAUCGUCGUCGGCGCCACCAAAUGGUGCGUGUUUGCGCCCACUGUCGUCACCCGUGCUGUCGUCGAGGAGGGUGUACGUGAACGUAUGGAGCGUAUGAAAUACGACAAGGUCGAUUUGCUUCAGUUCCACUGGCAAAACUACGAUGACAAGGCGUACCUCGAUGCACUCGACCAUUUGCGGGAUAUGCGAUCCGAAGGCACCAUCACCGCUAUCGGCUUGUGCAAUUUCGACUCGAUACGAACUGACGAGAUUUGUACCCAUUUGGGAAAGGGGGUAGUGGUUUCUAAUCAGGUUCAGUUUUCUCUCAUCGAUGUUCGGCCGUUGCAUGGAAUGGCGGAUGUAUGCGACCGGCACGGCUUGAAGCUCUUGACCUAUGGUAGUCUAUGUGGGGGGUUCUUGGCCGACAAGUGGCUAGGCGCUCCUGAACCGGACGCAUACCGCGAGACAAUGACGCCUUCUCAACGCAAGUCUCUACUGCGUGUGCUUCGCAAUAUUGGCGAUCGACACGGUGGGGUGAGUAUUGCGAAUGUGUCGACCCGAUGGGUGCUCGAGCAUUCAUUUGUCGGGGCGGUUAUCAUCGGCGCUCGACUCGGUGUAUCGGAGCACACGCGAGAUAACCAAAACGCGUUCACGUUCCGCUUGACCGAAGAAGACUUUAGGGAGAUCGAUGGUGUACUCAAGGACUCCAAGGGUCACCAGCUCAUCCAGACGAUCGGCGACUGCGGUUCAGAAUACCGAUAG